AUGACGAGCGAGUUCUGCGGCGACACCAAAGUCAAACGUCCCUCUGCAGAUUACAACGACUUCACUCCCCUUCGUCGGAUUGUGGGAUACUACGAGGGGUGGUCACACGAGAGACCCUGCAACAGUUUCUUUCCAGAACAGAUAACCCCAGGAAUAUAUACGCAUCUCAACUACGCAUUUGCCACGAUUGACCCGACUAGCUUCGAGGUAAAGCUCGCGUCUACCACCGAAGAGGAUCUGAUCCGACGCCUGGCACGGCUGAAGACACAGGACGCAGACCUCAAGGUAUAUGUGGCUUUGGGGGGUUGGGCAUACAACGACCCCGGGCCAACACAGACUACGUUUAGCGACCUGGCACGGUCAGAGGAUGCACAGAAAAAAUUCUUCCGGUCACUAAUUUCCUUUCUCUCCACCUAUAACCUUGACGGGGUGGACAUUGACUGGGAAUACCCCGGCCCGCAUGAGAUUGUGGAUCGCGGUGGUAGAGAGGAAGAUUUUGAUAACUUUCCCAUCUUCCUACGCCGCCUUAAGCAAGCUCUAAAGAGUGCAGGAGGCAGAGAUGGCGUGACUAUUACACUCCCCGCAUCCUACUGGUUUCUUCAGCAUUUCGAUAUUGUCCAACUCGAGAAGCACGUUGAUUUCUUCAACAUUAUGAGCUAUGACCUACACGGUGCGUGGGACAAGGGGAACAAAUGGCUAGGGCCGUAUCUUAAUGCCCACACCAACCUUACCGAGAUCAGCGAUGCCUUGGACCUUCUAUGGCGAAACAAGAUACCCAGCAACAAGGUCGUACUGGGAACAGCGUUCUAUGGGCGCGCGUUUGCUGCCACAUCCACCAGCUGCCUCGAGCCGGGUUGCACAUUUGAAUCUGCAGCAACAAUGGGUGACUGCAGUCGGGAGAAUGGUAUUCUGCUUAACAGUGAGAUUGUGGAUAUUCUUGAUGCCCAAGGCGUGAAACCCACUUUGGAUAAGAAAGCCGGCGUCAAAAUCGCCACGUGGGACAACCAGUGGGUUGCGUAUGACGACGAAGAGACAUUGGAGCUCAAGGCAAAGUUCUCACUCGGGCUGGGACUUGGCGGGGUUAUGGUCUGGGCUGUCUCUCACGAUACUCCAACCCAGCGCUUCUCCAACGCCUUCUUCAGGCGCGCGGUGAAUCGCAAUGGACUAACAUCGACGACCGAGUCUAACUCCACGAGAUACGUUGAGAUUCACAAGCUUAUCGACCAGUGUAAAUGGACCAACUGCGGGAAAACCUGUCCCGCCGGAUACCAGCCCGCCCUGCGCACUGAUAAAAACGCCGCAGACAACGAGGUAAUGCUGGACAAGACCGCCUGCGAUGGAGAUCACCAUACACUCUGUUGUCCGGAGAAGGCGAUGGCUACAUGUGGCUGGUACAUUCACACGAACAGCUUCUGUGACUACUCUUGCCCGCAAGACUUCGUGGAGGUCGGCAGCAACCAUCACGGGUGCCACAGCGGGUACCAAGCUGCUUGCUGCCGGGUUACGAGCAACCCAAUACACUCAUGGACCCUCUCCAGCAUGGGAAUGUGGGGCAAAUGCCAGUGGGCCGGAGACCGAUCCGGCGACAGGCGUGAUCCCGAUUGCAGCGACCAUACAUGCCCAUCGGCGCGCGCAAGGGACCCGGUGCUCACCUCGAACGCGGGCAGUGGAGCUGUGUCCUGCAAGGACGACUCAGAGCGCCGGUAUUGCUGUGCAGACGCCCAAAAUGAGGGGGGCGAGGGUAAUCAAUGGCUCAAUGGGACUUGGGAAGACCAUUUAGGCAGGUUCAUGCAGGACAACAGCACACGGGAGCGGUGCUGGUCAGACUGUGAGGACGAUACCUACCGCCUGGCAAUGGAGCAGACUGGGGUCUGCGAGAACAAACCCGGCGCAAAGGCCUACUGCGCCCCGAAUGGUUACUACGACAUCGAGUGGAAGGAACGGGCAAAUGUGACGGAUGUCAAGGAGGCGUUGGACAUCUUUUUCAACAACCCUCAAUGCCCAAAUGAUCAGUCUGGUGGACUCGAAGUUCGAGACCAGACAGUCUCGGGGGCUCAAAAGCAGGUCGUGAUCAUGCUGGCGGCUAUUUUGGGCGCGCCGCUCUAUCAGAAGACCAAGGUUGCAGACUACGAGGACUUGUGGAAUGAGCAAAGUGACGAACACGGCUUCCAAUAUCUCAAGUUUCCCGAAUUCCGUGAGUCGCUCGAGGAAUGGUUCGGGAACAUAUACAGGGAUAUCAGCAAGAUAAUAGACACCAUCAAAUGCCGUUUUGAGGACCUCAAUGACCUGGCUAGUCCCAACCCUGUGCUAAGCUGCGAGGAUGAGGACCCAUGCGAAGACGAUGAUGCCGACUGCGAGAGUGAGGAGUGGGACGACCCGUGCCCGGAGGCGGAAGCCUCCCUGGAUAAGCGAGGAGUAGAGCGUACCUACUGCAUCAGGAGUCGGGGCACUACGCUACGCUCGCGACGCUAUCGCAGCACCGGCCAGGUGCCCAGCACAGAUUUCCUACGGAGACGAGUCAUCGUUCUCCGCCACCGGCGAGACUGCUCUAACACCAACGUGCGCCAGGUGAGCAUGCCGACUGGUAACCAGGUGGAUGGCCAAUUGAUACAUGUGGAGCACCCCACAGAAAUGAACACGGAGCCAACUCUCCUCUCGGACUUAUCCCUCGGCCAACUGGAUGAGGAUCACCAAAAUGCCUUCACCCCCAUUCCGGCGGGGUUUGUCUCUGACGCAUGGAUGAAUGGACAAGUAAUGAAUCCCCGUGAUUAUGCUCUACCAGUUGGAGGCGUAGAAGGUGACCCGAGCGCAAGGAUUCCAUCGCAGAGAAUCUACCAAGCGUACGGAAGCGUCACGUAUGACGUCAACUUUUGGAUGCUGGAGUGGUAUUUGAACUUCCUUAAAAACAGGGUCUGGAGGUGGCGUGUGUGGACCAACGGCCCGUUGGCGGAGAGCUCCAUGACCACCCACGUCAACAACGUGGACGACCCCCGACAAGCCUUGUCUCGAAUACGCAGUGUGAUUGGAGUCUUUCAAUACCUCAAUCUCGACGGUGUCCGCGCCACACUUCGCGACCAGUACCAGUUGACCUUCCGCGAGCGCCGGCUAGUGAACCUCGCCUGGAACGCAGCCCACCCGGACGAGCAGUUUGACAUCCGUACGCCGACACGGCUGUGGUUUCAAAAUCAUUAUCGGCGUAUGGAGGAGUCGGCUCAGGAGUUCCUGGACCGGUGGCUGCGUGAGAUGGAGAGGAUUUGGGAGUCCCGGACUGGUCAACGAGCAGCGCGGGUACGGGAUGAUAUUCAAAGCUUACUAGAUGAGGUGGCCGGUGGGGUGCUGCACAUUAACACUGAUGAUUUUUGGGAUGUCGAAACAGACUAG